AUGGCGACAUUGUCGUUUUCAGUGGCAUCCGUGGUGGAAGAUGUGCUUCAGCAACACGGCACUCGUCUCAAAGAUCUUGAUUUGGAAUCUAGAAAAGCAGAAGAAGCUGCAUUCAGAAGGUAUGAAGCAGCAGGGUGGCUGAGGAAAAUGGUUGGAGUUGUUGCAGCUAAAGAUUUGCCAGCAGAGCCCUCCGAGGAAGAGUUUAGGCUUGGUUUGAGAAGUGGGAUCAUUCUCUGUAAUGUUCUUAAUAAGGUUCAACCUGGGGCUGUACCUAAGGUUGUGGAGAGUCCUGUUGCUUCUGCACUACUCCCUGAUGGAGCACCCUUAUCGGCAUAUCAGUAUUUUGAAAACGUGAGGAACUUUGUGGUGGCUGUACAGGAAAUUGGAAUUCCGACCUUUGAGACAUCUGAUCUUGAACAAGGAGGAAAAACAGCCAGGAUUGUGAACAGCGUCUUAGCCCUUAAGUCCUACAGUGAAUGGAAACAGACUGGGAGUAAUGGUGUGUGGAAAUUUGGGGGAACUGUCAAACCCACCAUCUCCGCAAAAUCUUUUGUGAGAAAAAACUCUGAGCCAUUUACUAAUUCCUUGUCGAGGAACUCAUCCGUCAAUGAAAAAUCCGUGACUGCUCUUACAUCUGAUAUUGAGUCCAAUAAAAUGUCUGGGUCUCCUUCUUUGAGUAUGCUUGUUCGUGCAGUACUAUUAGAUAAGAAGCCCGAAGAAGUUCCAUUGUUAGUUGAGUCAGUCUUGAACAAGGUCGUAGAGGAGUUUGAGCAUCGCAUUGCGAGCCAGGGAGAACAGGCAAAAAUCUUAAGAGGUGCUGCGUCCCAAGGCAAUGGAUCCGUAUCAAAGUUUGUUAUGGGAGAUAAAAAGAUGGAAAACAAGAUACCUACAGUAACAAAGAAAGAAGGACUCCUCCAUAAAAACCGUGUUGACGAUGAAGAAUCGAAAAGGCAACUUCUGAAGCAGCAAGUGCUCUUUGAUCAGCAGCAAAGAGAUAUUCAAGCACUAAAGCAUACAAUUCACACCACAAAAGCAGGUAUGCAGUUCCUGCAAAUCAAGUUUCACGAGGAGUUCUCCAAUCUAGGCAAGCACGUUCAUGGCUUAGCUCAUGCUGCUUCUGGAUAUCAUAGAGUACUUGAAGAAAAUCGCAAACUAUACAAUCAAGUCCAGGAUCUUAAGGGAAGUAUUAGGGUGUACUGUCGAGUAAGACCCUUCCUAUCUGCACAACCAAUUUAUUCAAGCACAGUGGAUAAUAUAGAAGAUGGAACUAUCACAAUUGGUGUUCCUUCAAAGAAUGGGAAAGGGCGUAGAUCCUUCAACUUCAACAAAGUCUUUGGACCAGCUGCUUCGCAAGCGGAGGUCUUCUUUGAUAUGCAGCCACUCAUUAGGUCUGUUCUUGAUGGCUACAAUGUUUGCAUAUUUGCUUAUGGUCAAACAGGAUCAGGAAAAACUUACACAAUGACUGGACCGAAAGAGAUCACAGAGAAAAGUCAAGGAGUAAAUUACAGGGCCCUCAGUGAUUUGUUUCUUACAGCAGAUCAAAGAAGAGACACUUUUUGCUAUGAUGUUAAUUCUUAUCGAGGGCUCAGUGUACCAGAUGCAUGCUUAGUCCCAGUAUCAUCAACAAGAGAUGUCAUUGAACUAAUGAACCUUGGCCAAAGGAAUCGUGCAGUUGGGGCAACAGCCCUUAAUGACCGUAGUAGCCGAUCCCACAGUUGCUUGACUGUGCAUGUUCAAGGAAGAGAUUUGACAUCUGGAACUAUCCUACGUGGAUGCAUGCAUCUGGUUGACUUGGCUGGAAGUGAGAGAGUUGACAAAUCUGAGGCCACAGGAGACAGGUUGAAAGAGGCUCAGCAUAUUAACAAAUCUCUUUCAGCUUUAGGUGAUGUCAUUGCUUCCCUUGCGCAGAAAAACCAACAUGUCCCUUACAGAAAUAGCAAACUCACACAGCUACUCCAAGAUUCACUUGGAGGACAGGCCAAGACACUAAUGUUUGUUCACAUAAGUCCUGAGGUCGAUGCUAUUGGAGAAACAAUCAGCACCUUAAAGUUUGCAGAAAGGGUUGGCACUGUUGAACUUGGUGCUGCUCGAGUAAACAAGGACCGGACAGAUGUCAAAGAACUCAAAGAACAGAUAGCCAGCCUCAAGGCAGCAUUGGCACGAAAGGACAGCGAAUCUGAACAUUCUUUAUCUAGAAGCUCUGAAAAAUAUAGGACAAUGGCUAGUGAGCUAUCACCUUAUCAUGCAAACCAACGGGGUGUAGAUAUUGCGAGCGAUCCCCUAGGAUGCCGGCAACCAAUGGUUGAUGUUGGCAACAUAGAGCUUCACAGUAAUAACCCGUUGAGACAAAAAACUCAAAGCUAUGAUUUUGAUGAGAUGUCUACGAAUUCACCACCCUGGCCACCAGUGAAUAAUCCUGGACAAAACUUCCGGGAAGAUGACAAAGAAACUGGUUCUGGAGAGUGGGUUGAUAAAGUCAUGGUAAACAAGCAAGAUGCAAACAAAACUGACAACAUCUUAGGCUGUUGGGAAGCAGACAGUGGGAACUUAUCCGAGGUCUUUUAUCAGAAAUAUCUUCAAGAUUCUUCCAAAAUGUACUCUGAAAGAUCCUACAAUAUGUUCAUGGGGGGCAACCAAUGCAACAUUGCUGGUUCAGACGACAUGGAUGAUCUUGACGAUACAACCACGGAUUCCUCGGAACCUGACUUGCUUUGGCAAUUUAAUCAUUCCAAACUUACCAGCAUAGCCAAUGGUAAUGGAUCAAAGGCUAGGAGACCCGUCUCAAAGCCAUCAAAUAGCCCAGGAUUGAGCAAGAAUAACAUCCCUUCUUCUCUUGGUCCUUCACCUUCACGAAAACAACCAAACGGUGCCUUACAUCGAACAGGAAGACAUCCAGCUCCAGUUGACAUGAAACGUAAAACUGGUAGUAGAAAGUAA